ACCAGGAUCUAUUAUUAUGUUCCAAAAGUAGUUUAGUGGCUAGUAAAGCAAUAGUUGUUGAUGUUGAUUCAAAUGCCUAUGAGAAGAAUAAACAAACCUUCAAACAUUUUAUAUUUUGAAUGGAAUUAGUCGUGAACAUUUCUGUCUCUCUUCUUCUAGUUCUUCUAGCAGAGAGACGGCCUAGGUCCGCGCUCGACAGUCGACACUAUAAGACUACUAUGACAGGGAAGACGUUACGGCAUCGCAAAAGUUCUAAUAAAAUUGUCGAGGAACAGGCUGGUGACGAAUAUGCAGCUGAUGCAACAUCGUCGCACAAUGAUAUGGAAAGAUAUGUUAAACUUGGACAUUCUGUGUAUCGAAUGCAAGGUUCAAAACGAGAUCCAAUGUGGGUAACUGCACUAGAGGUAUUCGGAGUCUUACUGGCGUUUUCUCUCAUCUACACGUCCUAUUAUUAUUAUGACCAUCUCCAUUUUCAUGUAUCAAAGGGAUAUGCUCAUUUAGGAUACUCUUCAGCCCAACAUGUCGUUGGGCAAAGAUAUUUAGCUGGAAAAGGAACAGACAAAAAUGAUACAUUAGCCAUGCAAUGGUUCAGGGCUGCUUCAGACCAAGGACACGCAGAAGCAAGUUAUAAUUUGGCUGUUGGACAUAUGCAUGGAUCCCAAACGAAUUUGAAAAGAGGUGAACCUGAAAAGCUUCUUCGAUUUGCAGCUGAUAAAGGAGUCAAAGCAGCCCAUCAUGCACUAAAUUUAUGUGCAAGAAGAGGAUGCGAUUGACACGAUGAUCUCCCCACUCGAUAUCAUUUGUACAAAUGAACUCAGCGCUGGAAAGCGAUAGCUAGUUGUCCAUUUUUGACGAAAUAAAAUAAGUUUUUCAAUCAAAUAAUUUGUGUCGAAUGAACCUCCUAGGCUAGGUGAUAGCAAUAAAAAUUCUAGAAUUGAGGUUCACCAGUCGAGUUCUAUAGCUUCGUCAUGGAUUGUUGAAAAAUACUUUAAAUACGUCAUCACGUUUUGAGUUAUAAUAUAAAGUCGGAAUUCCUCAAACAUUUGAAUAGGUCGUCGUAGUCGUACUAAUAGUUUGGCCUGGUAGUAUCGGGGGAAAAUCAUCAAGACAGCUACCCUGAACUCGGGAAGACUGGCGAGAAAAAGUACCCCAGCUAGACAAACAAAGGAAUCUUAAAGCCCAUACGACACCACCGUGGACCGACCCCAAGGGUCGGAGUCUUUUUUCGGUGCUCCCGAAGUAUGCGAAC